AUGGCUCGAGAUCAUUCAACGAGUCUCUGUAAAGUUCCAGGCAUGGCUCGAGAUCAUUCAGUGAGUUUCAGUGAAGUUCAAGGCAUGGCUCGAGAUCAUUCAGUGAGUUUCUGUAAAGUUCCAGGCAUGGCUCGAGAUCAUUCAGUGAGUCUCUGUAAAGUUCCAGGCAUGGCUCGAGAUCAUUCAGUGAGUUUCAGUGAAGUUCCAGGCAUGGCUCGAGAUCAUUCAGUGAGCUUCUGUAAAGUUCAAGGCAUGGCUCGAGAUCAUUCAGUGAGUUUCUGUGAAGUUCAAGGCAUGGCUCGAGAUCAUUCAGUGAGUUUCAGUGAAGUUCAAGGCAUGGCUCGAGAUCAUUCA